AAAUCAUUUUGUAGUCAGUCAUGAUAUAUUUUGGACGAAGUCUCUGUGUGUAAGCAAUAGUUUGUUUUAUGUUUAAUGUACUUAAUUCACUUUAGCAAAGUUUGAAUCUUGUAUGUUAACUGCAGCAAAAUAUAAAAUAAUCAAACUGCAUGUUGUUGUCCUGGACAUUUUAUAUAUAUAUAUAUAUGUGUGUGUGUGUGUAACUAUAUUAUACAACGUAUAAACCCUCUGAGGGAAAUUUGGCUGUAAUUUAUAGUAUUUAAAAUAAUGUAGUCAUAAUCAUCAGCAUCAAUUUAUAUCCCCUUUCCAUGCUGAGUUUCACAUGGUUAUACACUGAUUGAUGUAGAAAAGUAGAAAUGCUCAGACAGUAAAUAACACAGGAAUAUCAGCAGUAUGUAAAAUGUGUUUCAGUCUUCUUAUGACUUAACUAAUGAGGUCAUAAUAAGGCUGGAACAUAUCCAAUUAUUUAAUCAUGUGGCAACUGAAUUUCAACUAAUUUAAGAUGAUAUUAAGGAAACCAAGAAAAUUAUGUUAGGAAACCAGUUCUUCUUACUAUUGUAAAUUGAACAGAUACCAGUAACCAGUAAAACUCACAGUGUAGUACUCCUUUCCCAUCUAAAACUCCUGUUUCUGCACAUUCAGAUAACCGAGAAUGUAUCCAAAUUUGAGUCACCUGAUUGAUGCAAAAUCUCUCACAGAUAUUCUCCAGUCUCUAGCCCACAGGGUUUAUGCUGAUUCGAAAUAUAUCAAAAACAUGUUUCUGUAAGAUUUUGAAAACAGACUGACAACAUCCAGUACACAGUUAACUGUUUUUUAAAACCCUGAUUAAGUUGCUUUGAAUUUUAAAUUAAGGCUGCAACAGAGAUAUGGAACAUGAAGAUUCCCUUGGUUUGUAUGUACUGUCUUCCAGAUCUGUGUGUAUCUCGAGGAGGGAAGUAAUUUUAGUUGCUGAUUUUAAAUUUCAAGCUUGAACUACCCCAAUGCAAUAUCUUGUUUCUUUACAAUCAAGACAUCUAUAGACUUUGUCAAAUGUUACAUUUUAUUCUGUAUGAGAAAAUAACAUUGUAAUUAUUUAUUGAAAAGUUCCAGAGAAUUUCAUUUUCUUCAUUACACAUUGAAAUUUAAAAUUUUUUUAGAAUAUUUGUAAGAACAUCAUGGAAGACAAACUGGAGGAGAGUCAGGCCUGUGAUAAAACACAGCCUGAAUCUAGUGAUGUAUCUAAUCAGGAGUGUGUAGAUACAGAGAAAAAAGCUUACCAUUUUGACAUUCAUAAGAAGACAUUCUCACAAUAUAACGUACUUCUUACAAGCAUAAAGCUUAAAUAUUCUAGAACUAUACACAGAAGUAUUAAACCAUAUCGAUGUGACAUUUGUGAUAAAACCUUUUCUCAGAGCAGCACUUUGACUAAUCAUAGACGUAUUCAUACUGAUGAAAAGCCAUAUCAUUGUAAGGUUUGUGGCAGAAGGUUCACACAGUAUGGUCAUUUGAGUAGACACAAGUAUAUUCACUCAGGAGAGAAACCACACCGCUGUGAAAUCUGUGGGAAAUCAUUCUCACAGAUUGACAGUUUAACUCGUCAUAAACUUAUUCAUACAGGAGAGAAACCAUAUCAGUGUGGUAUUUGUGGUAAAACAUUCUCUCGAAGCUCUUAUUUGAAUGUUCACAAAUCAGUUCACACAAAUGAAAAGCCACAUCGUUGUGAUGUCUGUGGGAAAGCAUUCUCUGGAAGAAGUACUUUGACAAAUCACAAACGUAUUCACACUGGGGAAAAACCAUACCAUUGUGAUAUCUGUGGUAAAACUUUCUCUGGAUAUAAUAGUUUGACUAGUCACGUACAAGGUCACACAGGAAAUAAACCAUACCACUGUGAUAUUUGUGGUAAAACAUUCUCUAGCAGUAGUAGACUAACUAAUCACAUACGCAUCCACACAGGUGAGAAACCAUACCACUGUAACACCUGUGGUAAAACAUUUUCUCAAAAUAGUCAUUUAACUCAGCAUGUACGGGUUCAUACAGGUGAGAAGCCACACCACUGUGAUAUAUGUGGUAAAACAUUCACUCAAAGAGGUCAUUUAACAAUUCAUAUACGUGGGCAUACAGGUGAAAGGCCAUAUAGCUGUGAUAUUUGUGGUAAAGCUUAUGCUGACAACCAAAGUUUAACUCGUCACAAGCCUGUUCACACAGGUGAGCAUCCACAUCGUUGUGAUGUUUGUGGGAAGGCAUUCACUCAGAGCACACAUUUAAAAAUUCAUCUACGUGGCCACACAGGUGAAAGACCAUUUAGUUGUGAUAUUUGUGGUAAAACCUUCUCUGAUAAUCAGCAUUUAACUCGUCACAAACCUGUUCACACAGGUGAGAAACCGUAUGGUUGCGAUAUCUGUGAUAAAACUUUCUCUAUAAAAAGGAGUUUGACUAAUCACAAGCAAAAGGUGCAUGCAAAACAAACCAUAAAACAAGAGAAAUAGUUGGAAGAACUUGUAUAAAUUAAUAUAUUAUGACACCACAAAGAAAUUCCUGUAAAACGAUGCAAUGAAAUUUUAUAUAUUACAGAAAAUUAAUGAAAGCCAUGCUUAUAUAAUAUUACCUGAAUUAUUUGAGAAUAUUUUGUAAUAUCUGAACUUAAAUUAUAUAUCAGUGUUGUAAUAUGUAGUAAUUGUUAAUAUUGUAAACCAAUCAGUUGUAUCAAAUACAAGCCAGAUGGUCGAGAUGAUUGAAAAAUUCUUUAAUGAAAUUAUACACACAGAUUGAUUAAAAAAAAAAGCUUCACUGUAAUGUUUUCGAGUUAUAAUUUUUUUUACA